AUGGACGAGCUUCUGCGACCCAUCAGCAAGACAUAUGUAAAGUCCGAAGAUGCCGCGGAGCCACUUCUCCGGAAAGUGCAGGCAUCAUCGAGGGCAGCAGCAGCCCCGGAUUUCAAGCCAAAAACUCUCCGAGAUAUCGUGGAGGCGCUGAGCCAUGAACCGGAUUAUGACACCUUGGUAUCAGCAUUGAGGUUCGUCGCCGAUGGAGGGCCGGAGGAUGAUCAUUUCAAUAUCGGAGCCCCCGGACCCGACGCCGCCAGGAUCAUCCAGAUCUUGGUCACGGAGAUUGUACCCAACUACUGGGCCGUCCUGAAGGAGUCAUCGUCGUCAGACGGUCCGAAAUCAGACCUGUCACUCCUCCUGGGAACUCUACGGUGUCUUGCAGGCCUUAACGCCAUCUUGCUACGCUUGCGAACCCUGGUCCAGGAGCACAAGUCCCGGGAAAACGGGAUUCAACACUCAGAUGUAGUGUUAAAUUUGAAGACCACCCUCGAGUUGCUGUGCGCAACAUUGGAAGGCGAUGACAGUCUGUCGCUCAUCUGGAACAAUACAUCUGCUAGCACAGACGCUACGAAGCAGCGCAUUCUGUCAAAGGAUUUUGUCAAUGCCAUCGCUGGCGGUCGUGCCAUCUCCUUUUCUGCUGAAGCUGAGUCCAGCAUCUCACAAGAGACAAAAGGCCCUGGCCUGUGGGUUGCCAACGGGAUCGCGUAUACGAAGUGGCUUGCACGGAACAUCAUCUCCUGGUCAAAGCAAGCAGAUGACACAGUGGAGAAGAAGUUAUUAGCAGAAUUACUAUCAAAGGCGUUGCGCCUGGGAUACUCUGAAAGUGUAGUCCAGCUACUGCUUGCGGAUAUAGUCAACGACCUCCAGCACGCCCAGCAUGUCUCUGGCCUGUUCGGAAGCCUCGCAAAUACGGAACAACGGGCUUUGCUCUUCAGCAUCCUGAAGAGCAUUGCUGACGUCCAUCUCAACACAUUGGCCAACAGUAAUCCAUCCGAAGAGCAGACGAUAAUAUCAGCGGCUGCUGCUAUCAUCAAUCUGUUUGUGGGAAAUGAUACCAAACAUUUGUCUCACCUGGUCACAUGGCUGACAAGUGCCACCGGAGCCGGACUUGGCGAUGCGAUUGGUAUCCGACGAGCAGUUCUGGCUGUGCUUUCGUCAGACAGAGACUCCGUGGCAACAGUGUUCGAAAAGAGCCUAAGCCAGUUUGGUGACUAUCUCUACGUCAGACACACGCCAGUUCUGCAACAAGAAGUGCAUGCGCAAGUGCUUCUCCUCAGUGCAGGGUAUCUUCAGAGGCUGGCACCAGUCAAACUAUCCUUGGCCGUGAGGUCUGGCUCGUUCAUGAAUAUGGUCUCCAAGAGGUUGGAAGCAUCUCAAAUACGCGCCCGUUUGCUAGGAAUGAUCGUCGGCGAGGCACUCUCAAAGCUGGCGCACAAGGAUGACAAGAAGCUCAACUUCAAUAUGGAGGAGACGAACUCGGACGAGGCGCUAUGGUACAAGGGCUUGGUCGAGACAUCGGAUGUUGUCGGUGCAAUCCAGCCCCUGGCCUCGAAACAUAAACCAGUCCACGAGACUCAGAAAAAGACAAGACCAUUCGAGAGGAAAUCCGAACCAGCGCCGGCCCCAAAGCUAGCUCCCAGCAAGGCAAAGGCCAUCAUUGAAGAGGUGGAUUCGGACGAGGAGGAGGACGACGAUAUAGUGCCAUUGACAAAGCCGGCCGACGAUGAGAUGGAUUCCGACGACGACCCAGAAACGAUCCGACGAGAUAAGCCGAAAGCGCCGGUGUACAUCAGGAACCUUAUCACUUACUUACGGGACACCGAAGGCUAUGAUCAUCAAAAGCUCGCCCUGACAACAGCACCAACCCUGAUCAGGCGAAAGGCGAACCAUGGAACCGAAGUGAAGGAGCAUGCUGAAGAGCUUGCCUCACUCCUGGUCGGUGUUCAGGACAACUUUGACCUUGAGAAUUUCUACGACUUGAAAUUACAGGGGAUGAUUGCCAUACUUGUAGCUCAACCUCAGAUGAUGGGCCCGUGGUUCGCCCGGACUUUCUUCAGCGGAGAUUAUUCUGUGGCUCAGAGGGCGUCAGUACUCACCGUCAUGGGGUUGGGCGCACGCGAGAUCUCGGGGCACGCAACCUCAGAAUACGCGGCCGCGGCGUCGUUCCCAUCUCAAACAUUGCCCGACAAGAUGAAGAAGCUGUACUUGGAGGGUUCGGCUGAGAGCAACCAGCUUACCUCGUCAUCGUCGCUCAAGGCACUGCCGCCCAGCGCGCUAGACACAAUCACGAGAUCCCUCACUUCGGCUUUCAUGGCGCCGCUGGCAGCUGAUGCUGCAGAUUCAGCGACGGGUCCAGACGCCCUGAAGCUGUCCACUUUCAAGUCACGACUGGGCCAACAACAGACGUCAACCACACAGGUUUCCAAGAGCAAAGCCCGUGUCCGAGCCAUCCCCAACACGACAGCGCAGCUCAUCGCCACAUCCUUCUUCUUCCCGCUCACAGCGCGCUUCCAGUCCGCAGCGGGCUCGACAGCGGGGCGGACGCGGGGCAUCGUCUUCCAGCCCUUCCUCCUGUCGCUGUUUAUCAAGACGCUCGCGCUGCUCCUCCACGCCGCGGGGCCGAGCACGCUGUCGCUCCCGGACAUGACGGCCGAGCUGUGGGGGCUCCUGCUGGGGAGCAGCGUGCGGGCGCAUGCCGUCGGCGACCUCGGCGUCACGCACGCGGUGCUGUUUGCGCUGCUGACGUUGUUGGAGGUCAAUGGCGACAGGAUGCGGGAUAUCUGUCAGGGCAUGCCGAGGGAGGUCGUCGAGACGCAGGAGUGGGUUGCACAGGUUUUUGCUGGCACCAGGGGGGAGGACGGCGGGGAGGAGAAUGAUGUCAAGAUGUUGGCAGCGGGGGUUUUGAUCAGGAUCAGGGAGGGCAUGGACAAGCACAGGGCGCUGCUGAUGGGUGACAUGAUCGGGUGA